UAGUUAAAGUCAUAAAGUGGUGCUAGGGUGAUAUUGUAGGAAAUUCGAUUUCGUAGUUUUGUUCGUUUUUUAUAUGGAAUUAGAAAUAUUUAAGCUAGUUUUAUGUUCUUGCCAAGGUUUUGUAAGUACCAAGUGAUUUUGGUGAGAUGGAGUCGCCGCCGUCAUUUUCUACGCACUCCGAAGUGCCUCCUUUAAGUGAAGACAGCGGCCUGCUGAUUACGAGUGGAUCGUUUUCUAGUGAUUCUGCGAGUGGCUGGCAUCACAUUACAUCCGAGUUACAAGAGAGCGACUUCGAUGAGCGGUCGUUGUCGCUCUGUGAAUCGGCGGAGACCUCUGAACGCAUGUGCGAGGAUUUUUUCAACACAGUGAAGAAGGGUCCAAUGAAACCCGUUGUUACUGCCAUUGAACCUCCUCUUGAAUUUCAGGAUGAUCCAGGCCCGACGAGUAUCGACACCGUGCCCGCUUUUGUUGGUUCUCGAAGUAAAUGUUUGGCUGUGUGCGUGCCUCCAUCUGUUGUUUUUACCAAUGAUAAUAUAAUUAAAACUAAAUCGUCGAGCUUAGAUGUCGCAAUGACCACUAGCCAUAUUUCUCCCCUAUAUCCAAGAAAGUUAAAACCGGAAGCACUUUAUGAACGCCGCCAGUGCUUAAAUCACCGCUUUGCGAGUCCGAGACUUUUACACCUCAGCCCAUGUAGAGCCAAUAGACCUUCUUCUCGAAAUUCUCUCUCCUCUCGCCUAUCCAGCAGUCACAACUCGCUCGUGUCCCAGUUCCAAGCCGACGACUCCAGCUUCAUCACGCAGGCUAUUUCGCACGACACGCUGUCAGCCAAAACCUCCGACAUCACUGACAUGUACAAUGUGCCCUUCGAUAGCGAUAUUUACGCGGUGCCUAUUGAUAUGGUCCGCCCUAGUCACAGCAAUGUAAGAGGCAAAGGCAAGAAACAGCCGAGGAGCUAUAGGAGGAGAGGCAAAAGCAGUUCCCAAAGUACGGGCAGCAGUAGCGCCGCACCCGAAAGAGUAUUUAAGUCGAAGGAAGCGAGACAUAAAGAAACCAAAACGAAAAGACAUAGUGUACCCAGUUCGUCUUGCAAAAAAAAUGUCACUGACUCCGACACUGACUCGCUGCAUUUGACACUUCGUGAAAUGCGAAAGUAUUUGCAUACCCUCUACUCGAGUUCGAGCGAUUCCGAGUGUCGAAAUACAAUUAAUAAGAAGAGCAAUACAAUAAUAACCAACGUAGGCAUUCACGUGCGACACGCCAACAAAGACACGGGUACGGCAGUUUUCCUGAAAGAGAGCAACGACUUACCCAGAACGGUGGAGACGAACAAUAACCACAAGAAGGCGAAUAAGAACACCGUGAGUAUGAACGCGAAAAAUAAGAAGCACAAAGAGAAUAUCCCGAAAGACAACAGUAUUUUAGAGGAGAAUAAAGAUAAGUUGAAGAAAGGGAAUCAGAGUUCGAAGGUGAAAAUGUCCCCUGUGCGGAUACUGUCUAUGAACUUGAAGCAAAGCUUCUGCAACUUGUUUCGGUGGCGAAGAUCAAGUGACAGUGAUAGUGUCGAGCGGAUCGGUCGCGAGUCGCCGCCGGCGGCGGUGCGCAGGGCUCUGCCGCCGCUGCCGCAGUCGCCGCAUCCAUCCAACUCUCGCCGCUCUGCCAACGAAGAUGACACUGUCAUGGAUUUCGCCACUUCAAUCCAGAAGGUCAAAGACUACGGCUGGUAUUGGGGCCCGAUAUCCGUGGAGUCAGCCGAGAAGCUACUCUCCAAUGAGCCAGACGGGUCCUUCAUUGUACGAGACAGUAGCGACGACCACUACAUCUUUACGCUCACCUUCAAGCUCAAUGGACUGAGGCAUGUCCGCAUAGAACAUGAUCAGGGUAACUUCUGCUUCGGCGGGUGCACGAUGUUCAAGGCUCAAACCAUAGUGGAGUUCAUCGAGAAUGCAGUCGAGACUUCGCGUAGCGGUCGAUAUCUUUUCUUCUUGAACCUACGACCAGUGCUCGGACCUGUGAGAGUACAGCUCCUCUAUCCGGUCUCCAGGUUCAAGAGGGUGCAGAGUCUACAGCAUAUGUGCAGGUUCGUGAUACUCAAGUACGUAAGGCGUGAUCUGAUCAGCAGCCUGCCGCUGCCGAGGCGACUGCUAGACUACCUGAGCGCUACGCACUACUACUCGGAGCUUCUCGCAGAGAUUUAAGACGCUUUGUAAUGAGGCACUGCGUAUCUUCGCGCCUGAGCCUAAAACACAACGUGCAACGGCUGCUCGUCCAAUUCGACUUCUAAAGUAGGCUACUCAUACACUUGCCGCAGGGUCAAUAUAGGAAUUUGACCCUAAAUUGCUUGUUUGUUUGUUACUAACGACCCGUCCCGGCUUCGCACGGGUGCAAAAUGCUAAUGUGGUGUCACUGUGGUUAUUUUGUUAUAUUGAAAGGAAUAAGACGAAAGCUCUCAGUCUUUUAAAUUAAUCAGUCUCAGUCUUUCAAUUAUCAUCAUAUUUCAAUAAAAUAACAAAAAAAUACUAAACUUUACAUUUAAACCUUCCUCCUGAAUCUUUCUUUCUAUGAAAACUGCAUUAAAAUCCGUUGCGUAAUUUAAAAGACUUAUGCGUACAUAGGGGCAGACUAGGACAAUGUAAUGAUAGUGAUGAUUAUGUAUAGGCAAGCGGGCAAUUUUCUAGAUUAUCCCGAUAGCAGGAUGGUGGGGGCUCAUGAACAUAGUUCCCUAGAUCGUCUCUGAUUUUGAUGAAACAUUGAUAUUUGUGGAAAACUAGUAGUGUGUACAAUAAAGAAGUAAAUACGUUGAGGGCUUCCGAGACGGUUAAGUGGCUUGAUGGCAAGCAAGUAGUUUGUGCUUGCUUGCUCAAGCAGCUUGAGCCAGCAAAAGGAACUUUUCUCAUUUCUCGAACACUAUUCGAACGUCGCGUCAAGCAAAAUUGUAAAUUCAAUCACCGUCAAGCACGUAAAUGCUUCAAGCAAGCAUCAGCCAUCAAGCAAAGAUUGUAAACGAUCAACAUGCUUGGCUCAAGCAAAAAUGUACGUGUUUGCUAUCAAGCGUUUUACCUCUCUCGGAAGAUAUUGAACACUACUUAUUGUGUAUAAUCGGCUGAUAAAACAACCGUAUUUGGGUCAGAUUUGUAGAGCGUAAUCUCUUUUACUCGCGUGCGUUUUGUAUCUUUCGUCUUAUUCAUCAGUGGCAACACAUUUUAGGUGCGUUUUGUAUCUUUCGUCUUAUUCAUCAGUGGCAACACAUUUUAGGCGCUUUGUGAUAAGACCAUAUUAACUUUAUCUAUCGUAUGAUAUCAUUGGUAUAAACUAUGGGAUACACUUUCUUGAAUUACAAACCGUACGCCUAAGAGGGGCUGACAGGGCAGAUUUUUCUCGACUUUCUCCUUUGCAAUUUGUAUUCGGUGGUAAUUUUGAAAACGAUAAUAUUGUUUUUCACACUUUGUGGGUUUUCAUUUUUUCUCAGUUAAUGUUAUAUUUUUAUUUCAUUAGUUUUACUUAGGAAGGCCAGCGGCCGCGGCUCGAUUCAUAGGUGGCUAGUGUCUUAAGUGUGUCUAAACUCGUGCAUCGUUGUUUUCUAUAGUAUAUAAUACAACUAGACACUUUUUUGUACAAAAAGCCAACUAUGAAUCUAUACGCAGACAAAGCAUAUUUAAAACUACUUUAGCGUUUAAAAUUCGUCCACUAUAUUUUCAACUUAGGGCCUAUUUCGUAAAGAACUUAACUUGUAUAAUUAAUUAUAUUAUUGAUAUGAUUGUGAUUCAGUUAUAUAUAUUAUUAAUAUAACUGAAUCAUGUUUAUGGUAUAAUUUAACAGAUAACAUAAUAUUUUAUUCUUAUGUCUAACAGACGGGGUAUCAAAUGCGUUAUUUUUUUGAAGUAGUGGUGUUUUUGUUAAUAUAAUUUUUGUGCCGAAAAUAGAAUGCACACAUAUAGUAGAAUCAUUUAAAAGAACACUGACGUAUAUAUUUUCACAAUUUUUUACUCAUUCUGCACAUAAUAACCGGUAUACUCUUGAAAUACAGUAAAAUAUAUUUUAUAAUCUACAAUGUUUAUAUACAAAUGUGUAGAUUGAUUUUUCCUUUACCAAUUAUUUUCUUGAAUAUUUUCUUAUCCAACCAACCAACUAGCGAUUUCUGUCUGAAUUCAAAACGUUCAGUUCAUCUUAUGUACCAAACAGGCUGUGCAUACAAGCAGUAUUAUAACGAAAAAAAUAUCGAUAAUGAUAUAAAUAUCGAUAUUUGAGCAAUAUUACGAAUAGAUAAUUGAAAUAACUCCAACUUACUUUUUUGUAUUAUGAUAUAUACAUCUUAUAUUUUUUUAUUUACCAUGUAUUUAAAUAACCAUGCAUGUAAUUAAAAUCAAAGUAUAUUAUUAUGAUCCUUUCCAAUAAAAACUCAGCCAUUGCUGCUUUUAGAAAGCGUAUACUAAGCAAAUAUGUAUGAAAUGUGUGUAAGUUGUGUGUACAAGCAGUAAAGGCCUAUAAUUUGUCGCUGCACUUGUCCUUUUUUGGCUUUAUACUUUGUAUAUUUUCAAGUAAUAGAUAAAUAAAAUGAAAUGUAUAUACGUCUUAUGUAGCGUACUUUUACCUUACGUUUCUUUUUUGUAUAAUUUAGAUAAUUAUUACUCAUUUUGAUUGGUGCAUGGAAUAUUGUCUUGUAUAUUAAGUGUAUAUAUAUAAUAUGUUUAUACAUUAUUUAUGAGAAGUAUUUAUAUUACUUGGAUUGGUUGUUCUAUGUAAAUAAUAAUUAGUAAUUAAGCUUUGCCUAAAUAUCGCACUGUGGCUCCCAUAAAUAUUUUCGUUUUUUUUUGUACUUUUAGCCGUUAUAUUAUGUGUAUAAUUUUAAGUUUUCAAUCACUUGUUUCAUUAGUUUUGUUUUCACCAAAGAUGAUUUUGUAUAAAAUAAAUUAUUAAUUUAUGAA